AUGGCGUCAAAGCGAAAGGCGUCUGCGAUGCACGCCACGGUGGCGGAAGAGCCCGUCGAUCCGUCCGAUGAGCUCAUGUUUCUCUGCCUCGGAGGAGGCAACGAAGUCGGGCGGUCAUGCCACAUCGUACAGUACAAGGGCAAGACGGUCAUGCUCGACGCCGGCCAGCAUCCCGCCUACAAUGGUCUUGCGGCGCUUCCGUUCUACGACGACUUCGAUCUCAGCACCGUCGACGUGCUGCUCAUCAGCCACUUUCACGUCGACCAUGCGGCCUCGUUGCCAUACGUCCUCUCCAAGACCAACUUCCGAGGCCGCGUCUUCAUGACGCACCCUACCAAGGCCAUCUAUAAGUGGCUUAUCCAAGACAGCGUCCGCGUCGGCAGCACCUCGUCCAACGCGACGGCGCAGCCUGUCUACACGGAACAGGAUCAUCUCAACACCUUUCCCCAGAUCGAGGCCAUCGACUACCACACCACCCAUACCAUCUCAUCCAUACGAAUCACCCCUUAUCCGGCCGGCCACGUCUUGGGAGCGGCCAUGUUUCUCAUCGAGAUUGCCGGCCUCAACAUCUUUUUCACCGGCGACUACUCGCGCGAGCAGGACAGACACCUAGUUUCUGCCGAGGUUCCCAAAGGCGUCAAGAUUGACGUCCUCAUCACCGAGUCCACGUACGGCAUCGCGUCCCACGUGCCUCGCCUGGAGCGCGAACAGGCUCUCAUGAAGUCCAUCACUGGAAUUCUUAACCGAGGCGGCCGCGCCCUCCUGCCGGUGUUUGCGCUCGGGCGAGCGCAGGAGCUGCUCCUCAUCUUGGACGAGUACUGGGGCAAGCAUCCCGAGUACCAGCGGUUCCCCAUCUACUAUGCCAGCAACCUGGCGAGGAAGUGCAUGAUUGUAUAUCAGACUUACGUCGGCGCCAUGAACGAUAACAUCAAGCGCCUCUUUCGCGAGCGCAUGGCUGAGGCCGAGGCGACGGGCGACGGAGCCGGCAAGGGCGGGCCCUGGGACUUCAAGUACAUCCGGUCCCUCAAGAACCUCGAUCGCUUCGACGACGUCGGUGGCUGCGUCAUGCUCGCAAGUCCCGGCAUGCUGCAGAGCGGCGUCAGCAGAGAGCUGUUUGAGCGAUGGGCGCCGAGCGAAAAGAACGGCGUCAUCAUCACCGGCUACAGCGUCGAGGGCACCAUGGCCAGGCAGAUUAUGCACGAGCCGGACCAGAUCCAGGCCGUCAUGUCACGCAACACGGCGGGGGCUCGCAGGGCGCCCGGCGGCGACUCGGAGAAGGUGCUUAUUCCGCGGCGAUGCAGUGUUGCCGAGUACUCAUUUGCCGCGCACGUUGAUGGCGUGGAGAACCGCGAGUUCAUUGAGGAAGUCUCGGCUCCGGUCGUGAUUCUUGUUCACGGCGAGCAGCAUAACAUGAUGCGUCUCAAGUCCAAGCUCCUGUCCCUCAAUGCAAACAAAACAGCAAAAGUAAAGGUCUACUCCCCGCGCAACUGCGAGGAACUACGUAUCCCCUUCAAGGCCGACAAGACGGCAAAGGUGGUCGGCAAGCUGGCCGCCGCCCCGCCGCCGGUCCAAAACGCCACCGAUUCGGCCGACGCGCCCCUCGUCACCGGCGUGCUCGUGCAAAACGACUUCAAGCUCUCUCUCAUGGCCCCGGAGGACCUGCGCGAGUACGCUGGCCUCAACACCACCACCAUCAUGUGCAAGCAGCGCUUGAGGCUCAGCGCCGCGGGUAUCGACCUCAUCAGGUGGGCGCUCGAGGGGACCUUUGGAGCCGUCGAAGAGCUCCCCGAGAUGCGCAAUCUCAGUGGCUGCAACGCGGCCAACGGCGACACGGGCGACAAGAUCAUGGAGGACGCAGAGGGGAAGGACGAGGAAAAGCAAGAGGAACAGACGGAAGAGGUGGAAGCGGACGCGAAAAAGAGGGCGGUGGAAGCGGUCGACGAUGAAGUCUCGUCCCUCGUCGCCGCGUAUCUCGUCAUGGGCUGCAUCGCCGUCCGGUACCGCACCAACGGCGAGGUGGAGCUCGAGUGGGAAGGCAACAUGCUCAACGACAGCAUCGCGGACUCGGUCAUGGCCGUCCUCUUCUCCGUCGAGAGCUCCCCGGCCGCCGUCAAGCGCUCCUCGACCAACAGCAAACACACGCACGAGCACGGCCCCGCCGCGCCCACCGGCCGCAACCCGCACGCAAACUGCCCGCCCGCCGAGCGCCUCGAGCGCCUCUUCUGGUUCCUCGAGGCCCAGUUUGGCGCCGACAACGUCUCCCCCGUCGACACGCCCAAGCUGCCACCCGCCGCCGACGACAACGACAGCAUCGGCCCGAAGAAGGAGGAGGAUGGCGGCGACGACGACACCAAGAUGGUGCACGAGGAUGGGGAUGCUGCUGCCGCUGCGGCAGAGGGCAACGACCCCGCCGGCGAGGAGGCCGCGCUGCAGGAGAGGCGCAGCAAGGAGAUUGAGCGCCUGCACAAGAUUGGCAUACCCGUUCCCGGCGUGCGCAUCAAGGUCGACAAGAUGGUCGCCACCGUCUGGCUCGAGGACCUGGAAAUCGAGUGUAACAACAAGGUGUUUGCAGAUCGUGUCAGGGCCGUCAUGGAGCGGGCUGUCGAAGUCACGGCUCCGCUCUGGGCCUGA